AUGACCAUUUCCACCAUGGUCUCCAAGCCCUCCAUCCGCCGUUUGCCAGCCAAAGCGGGCGCAGACCAAAUAAUCAAGAUACUACUAGAGGACGGCGUAGUAAUCAUUGAAGAGUUUCGCCACUCGAGCGUCAUCGACCAGCUAAACCACGAGGUAGCGCCUCACUUGGCUGAUUACGCCAAGAACCUCCCAGCAGUCUUCGCUAAUCGCCACGGGCCUCACUGCAAACGAAUCAAUAACCUCGUCGCGAAAAGCAAGACACUCCGCGACGACCUGCUCAACGACCCACUAGUCCAUGACAUCUGCGGUAAGAUCUACACCGAGCAGCAGCGCACAGACUACUGGAUGACCUCUGCCAUGCUGCUCGAGCACUCGCCGGGAGGCAAGGCGGGGCCAUACCAUCGAGACCAGAACUUCUUCCCCCUUGCCAAGUUGCUCGGUGCCGCCGCACCGCUGGUCGUGCUGAACUUCUUUGUGGCCUUGACCGACAUGACGGCGGAGAACGGAGGAACUCGCGUUGUUCCUGGUAGCCAUCUGUGGGCGGAGUAUGAGGACUGGAGCACGGCCGAGAUGGGUGUUCCUAUGGAGAUGAAGGCUGGAGAUAUGUGUCUUCUGGGGGGGAAGACGGUGCAUGGCAGUGGGGGGAACACAACUGUGGAUUCCUUGCGGCGGAUACUUAUUUUGGGCGUUCAGGCGGGGUAUUUGACGCCGUAUGAGGCAACGCCUUUGCAUGUCGAGAGGGAAAUUGUGGAUAGUAUGACGCCGCUUGCGCAGAAGAUGAUUGGGUGGCGGUCGCCUACGAUUGAUGGGACGCCGACUUGGACGGUGGAUUGUGGGGAUGUUGGGGCUUGGUGGGAGCGGAGCACAAGGCAGCAACACGAGCCCCGCGAUCAGUAG